AUGACCCUCAAUGAGACGCUGACACAGCUGCUGCAGCCGUGUUUGGGCUGCUGGGUGCAAGAUGGGCUUUCAGAGCCACCAGGCUCUCCCUGGCAGAAGAGGGGGCUGUUUGCCCCAGUAGGGCUGAGUGUGGGAAGUAAGUUACCACCUUCUGAGCUGCCGAACCCCAGGAGGGUCCAGGAAGAAGCUUAUGAAGUCGCCAGGGUCUCCCUUUGGAACGGAAGCUUCUGGAACCCCGUCAAGGCCGCGGAGUCAAAGCAUCACCCAGAGCUGUUGAGCUUCCGAUUACACCUGGGACGCGGAGAACUCACCCUGAAGCUGGAGAGGAACGAAGGCCUCAUCUCCAGCGACUUCACGGAAACCCACUACCUGCAGGAUGGUCGGGAUGUCUCCCUCACGCGAAAUUACACGGGUCACUGCUACUACCACGGGCAUGUGCUCGGUCAUCCCGGAUCAGCGGUCAGUGUCAGCACUUGUUCCGGUCUCAGGGGACUUGUUAUGUUCGAAAAUAAAACCUACACCUUAGAACCCAUGCAAGCCGACGCCGGCAGAUACAAGCUCAUCCCCGCGGAGAAGCUGAAGGGCAUCGUGGGGUCUUGUGGGUUCCACGGCAACGCCUCGGGCCUCUCUGUGGACAGCUUGUUCCGGCCACCACCCUCCCAAAGGCGGCAUAAGAGACAGACCCUGAAGAUGACCAAGUACGUGGAGCUGGUCAUCGUAGCGGACAACCGAGAGUUUCAGAGGCAGGGAAAGGACCUGGAAAAGGUUAAGCAGCGAUUAAUCGAGAUCGCGAAUCACGUUGACAAGUUUUACAGAGCCCUGAACAUCCGCAUUGUGCUGGUGGCGGUGGAGGUGUGGACCGACAUUGACAAGUGCGCCAUAAGCCAGGACCCCUUCACCAGCCUGCACGAGUUCCUGGACUGGAGAAAGCAGAACCUCUUCCCCCUGCACUAGAUUCACGAGUCUCUUCCUCUCCUUUCCCUUCCCAGUGGGGUGCAUUUCCAAGGGACCACCAUUGGCAUGGCGCCCAUCAUGAGCAUGUGCACUGCCGAGCAGUCGGGAGGCGUUGUCAUGGACCAUUCGGACAGCCCCGUGGGCGCGGCCGUGACCCUGGCACACGAGCUGGGGCACAAUUUCGGGAUGAACCACGACACGCUGGAGAGGGGCUGUAACUGCAAGACGGCUGCGGAGAAGGGGGGCUGCAUCAUGAACCCUUCGACCGGAUACCCAUUUCCCAUGGUGUUCAGCAGCUGCAGCCGGCGGGACCUAGAGAACAGUCUGGAGAAAGGGAUGGGAAUGUGCCUCUUCAACCUGCCGGAAGUGAAGCAGUCCUUGGGGGGCCAGAAGUGUGGCAAUGGCUACGUGGAGGAAGGGGAGGAGUGCGACUGUGGGGAGCCAGAGGAGUGCACAAACAGCUGCUGCAACGCCACCACCUGCACCCUGAGGCCAGACGCUGUGUGUGCACAUGGGCUGUGCUGCCAGGACUGCCAGCUGAAGCCGGCAGGGACGGCAUGCCGGGCCUCCAGCAACGCCUGCGACCUCCCGGAGUUCUGCACGGGGACCGGUCCUCACUGCCCACCCAACGUCUACCUGCACGACGGCCAUGCGUGCCAGGGGCUGGACGGUUACUGCUACAAUGGCAUCUGCCAGACUCAUGAGCAGCAGUGUGUCACGCUCUGGGGACCAGGUGCUAAUCCUGCCCCUGGGAUCUGCUUCGAGAGGGUCAACUCAGCCGGUGACCCCUACGGCAACUGUGGCAAAGACUCCCGAAGCUCCUUCGCCAAAUGUGCCAUGAGAGAUGCCAAGUGUGGCAAAAUCCAGUGCCAAGGUGGUGCCAGCCGGCCAGUCAUUGGUACCAAUGCCGUUUCCAUAGAAACGAACAUCCCACUGCAGGAAGGAGGCCGGAUUCUCUGCCGGGGGACCCAUGUCUACCUCGGGGAUGACAUGCCAGACCCAGGGCUGGUGCUGGCUGGCACAAAGUGUGCGGAUGGAAAAAUAUGCCUCAACCGCCGCUGCCAAAACAUCAGUGUCUUUGGGGUCCAUGAGUGUGCGGCCCAGUGCCACGGCAGAGGGGUAAGUGCGCCACGCCGCCUCCCGCCCCUGGAACAUCCCGAGCAGGUGACGCAGGAGCACAAGCCUUUCCCAGAUCCAGCGGGUCGCCACAGCCUGACCAUUGGAGCCCUGGUGGCCACCCUGUGCCUUCUCGCUGCGGGGUCCGUGGUCUACCUCAAGAGGAAGACUCUGAUACAGGUGCUGUUUACAAACAAGAAAAACACCAUCGAGAAACUGAGGUGUGUGCGGACGCCCCGGCCCAGCAGCGGCGCCCCACCUCCACAGGCUUGCCACCCCCACCUGAGCAAAGGCCCGACAGGGAAGCCACCUCCUGCCUGUACUCCAAAGGCUCCACGGGCCCCCGGCAUCCCUGCCAGACCCCUGCCCACCAACGCUGUGCUCCAGCAGGCCCAGGGAACCUGGAAGCCGCAGCCUCCUCAGAAGCCUUUGCCAGCAGAUCCUGUGACCAAGACAACACGACUCACCAGUGCCUCUGUGAAGACUCCCGGACAGCCAGGGCCCGGGCUCUGCCUGGCUCCUCUCAGGUUGGUGAUCCUGGGCUACGCCUCCCGCACGAGCGGCCGGUGGCUGCAAACUGCUUGCAACCCCAUCCCGUGCACAACCCACUAUGGCAUCAAGGCUCCUGUAUAA